UAAUCUUGAGAUAUUUAUUCAAAAUUGAGUUAUGACUACUGUAUUAAUUAUUUAUUUUCAUGUGCUUGUCAUGACACCAUAUAUAUCAUUCCACACACACAAGUUACAUACUGCAACUCUGUAACCCAUAUUGUAGUGUCUCAAAAAAGAAUGGCCAAAUCAACUCGGGAGCAAAUGACUUGCGAGACACCAUCCACUAACAGUGACAAUACAAUUGAAGCAGUUAUGGGCAACAAAAGGACUAGAAAGUCUCUGUUUUCGGAUCAGGUUGAUGCUAAUGAAGUCGAGCAAUCUGCAAGACCAUGCAGAGCACAGCAACUUUUGAAAAGGCUUGAUGUAAUCAGUAGUGGAACCAAGCAUGAUGAUGUUGUGCAGCAGGAAAUUCUUGCUCCAUUACAAACGCUUCGCAAAUCAAAUGUUCUUAUUAACAUGAGACCAUUGACCAAACUGCAAUCUUGUCAGGAGUUUUCUUUGGACUUGCUGGAAGAGAUAGCAGAGCGGUAUAUUUUUCAUAUUUACAUAUUUUUGUUAGCAAACUUUCCUGAAAUUAAAAAAAAAUUAUUAUUUAAAAAAUAA